UGAAACUGGCAGUAACACUUUGGGCAACGUGAACAGCGAGGAGAAAGGCAAUUCACGAAGGCAUCUUCUAGAGCCCUCACGCGACACACACAUUCAUCAACCGCUACCUGGUUGAGCUGGAAAUAGUUAAGGAGAACCAGCAUGUAACGUCGAGAAGAGCAAUACCCCGGACAGCAACAACGGACAGUGCAAGGCCAAAGGCUCCGCCGGCCGGAUUCAUCAAAAUCCAUGUCGAUGCAGGGGUAUCUAAACGCCAUGGAAGAGGGGCGGCAGUGGCUGUAUGCCGCGAUGACUGGGGAAACUACUUGGGAAGCUCAGCAUUGGUGGUUGAAGGAAUGCAGGAUGCGGCGAUUCUUGAAUGUAUGGCAUGCAGAGAAGCUUUAGCACUAGCUGAGGAUUUAUCAGUUCAGAAUCUGAUCGUGGCGUCAGACGCAAAACGAGUGGUGCAAGCUAUAUCUAGCAACAGCAGGGGUCCUUAUGGCAUGGUUAUCUCAGAAAUCAAGUCUAAAAUUUUGAGUUUGAACUGUCAGAUAGUUUUUGAAGGGCGCCGGUUUAACGGAGAUGCUCAUAGUUUAGCUAAAUUUUCGCUUUCCUUAGCUCGGGGCGCCACCUGUGGCUUACUAACCCCCAUAACCCUUUUUGUAUCCUACAAACUGUGGUUUUCGAUGAAUGAAUAAAGUCCUUCAUCCCUAAAAAAAAAACCACCCCUAAAAAAACACUUACCGCCGCCGCCUCCCUCUCGCCUUCCCCUUCCCUCCCGAAUCCUCUCUUGCAUCUUCAGCGAAUCCAGCUUCCACCCCCGGUCGUCCUGACUGCCAGAGGAAGGACAAGAUGCGGCGGCGGUUCAUCAAUCUGGUGAUGAAGGAUUACGCCGUCGACGGCUCCUACUGGCUGAGCCGCAUGAGGCCCCAGGAAAACCUCUUCUACGCCUCCACGGCGGAAGCCAUGACGGCGCAGGCGCAGCAGGCCAGGAAGGACAAGAUCAAUGCGAUGCUGCCGUUCGGGAGCACCCUGAAGCUGCCCCCGCCGGCGGCCAGAUUCAAGUCAUCCUGCACGGACUGCCUGACGCUCGACUUCAUGCCUUUCUACGGGCGAGACAGCCCCAGCGAGGGCAGGAUCGUCGCGCUCGACUCGACCGGGCACACCGUCCUCUACGACGCCGACGCCGACCCUUGCUCUGUCGAGGCGCUGCCCCGCGUUAACUCGUCUAACUGGCGAACUCCCAUCUCCCUGUACGUCACCGGCGCCAACGCCAACGCGGCAGCUCGGGACUCCGGCGGCUCCGACGUGCUCUACGGCAUCAACAUGUUCAAUUCGAGCGACUUCGAGGUACUCGUUCACUGCAACCCCUCUGACUCUAAGUUUGGGAGGAUCGAUGGAGCUAAAGCUUGGCACUGGCUCAAGCUCCCGUCGGCGCCCUACCUUGAUAAUCCUGGUCAGGAUCACACCAUCCAUUCCUACACGCUGCUCGAGGACGGCAAAACCAUCUGCUUCUCCUCACUUCCUGACAAUGGCUUUGGCACCUACUGCUUCGACACAUCCGGCCAUGAGUGGACCAAGGCCGGCCGCUGGGCGCUGCCCUUCAUCGGCCGUGCCUGGCACGUCCCUGAGCUCGGCAACCUCUGGUUCGGCUUCAGCGGCAGCAACCCAAACAACAUCUGUGCUAUUGACCUCUGCUCUCUCGACGGUCCUCCCAAGGUGCUGCACGAGUGGCGAGGCUCCAACACUCCCAGGAACUGGAUGCUGGUUAACAGCACCAUGGUUUACCUCGGGGGCAACAGGUUUUGCGUCGUCAGGUUCUUCGGCGUUUACAAUGGACCCCCGGACAGGAACGAUGAGCCGACUGACACGGUUUCUAUCAUCACCGGUCUGGAGAUUGUCAAGGGACAAACGAGUGAAACCGUGCUGCGGAUGGUCAAGCACAAGAGCAGAACUUACGUCUUCGAAGGCUGUGGCAUUGAGUGUGUGUUCUAAUUAACUCUUGCGUCCUUCGUUCGGUUUCAACACUCUAGUUGGUUACAGUGGUUUCAACUGUUCUGUCCACCAUGUAUCAUUGUGUCUUAGUUAACUAUUAUGUUUGUUAGGAAGAAA